UUCACCUGGACAAAGUAUCACGUUUGGAUUCAUGAUACAAAGUUUCGACAGAAGUCAACAGUCUAGACUAACUGAUCUAAAACCGGUUCAUUAAUGUGAGGCAUGACUGCCUCCAGUAUGAUAUGCAUUGAACAGGCCGCGGGUCUUAGAUCGGCCAGUCUGGAGUUUAUCUUGGUGUUUCGAGUGUGCGCACUGUUGUUUUGUUUGGGUUUCAGUUCGUCUUUGUCCAAACUUUCUAUUCUGACCUCGUCUUGCAGCAGUACUUCUGAAAUUUCCAAAACGUAAAAUUUACGUGGGCUGGAAUUUCCACCUGCCUCGACAACCUGGAGGAUGUCAACUGAAGAAGCAGUGACAGCAGCAGAGGCCUAUGUAAAGGCUUACAAUAUGGCAAUGGUUGCACCUACACCUAAUUUGUGGAAUACAUUUCAUACAGAAAAAGCCGAUCUGUAUGAGAAGACACACCAUGAAGGCAACGCCAUCAACUAUGUCGGGCCCACGUUGGCAGCCGAAGCAGUGGUGAGAUGCCUCGAAGACAACCAUAGCGCGAGAAUCCUGGACGCGGCAUGUGGCACAGGAGCCGCGGCCGAGAAGCUGAUAGAGAAAGGUUACUCCAAUAUUGAUGGCUUAGACGCAAAUCGAGCAAUGUUAGAUCUUGCUGAAAAGAAAAAUCUUUACAAACAAACCUACUGUGUGUUUGUGGGGGAUGAAACUUUCGCGUCGAGGGCAAAUGGCGGCUUCUUUAUAAAUAUGAUCGGCGUACAAUGGUACAACCAUCCUUUCUAUAAGGCUCUUGGUCCUCUCAUCGAGAAAUUACAAGAAGAAAAAAUCAUAGAUUGUGUUGAAAAGACCCAGCAUAGGUACUGGAAAGAAAGGGUUGCUUAUGUGUGCGUGUAUAAAGUUAUGUAAAGAAACAAUAAUAAUUGCAUUUUAAAUGUAAUUCUGAAAGAAAAAGAUAAAUGUUGUGCUCCCAAUGUUGCUCCGUUUUCACUGUAGCCAGUGGGCACUUGAUAUUACAUCACUGAAAAGAAAAGUAAA